CACUUACCGGAGCGCGGAGAGUGUUUUACACGGUUAGAAAAAAAAACAUACCGGCAUGGAAAGGUUGGCGAGCGGAUUUUAGAGGCACCGAGCGGGCUGGUGAGCGGGUCUAACCUUUCCUCGGCACUUUUCUUUGUGUGUGUUUGUGUAUUCGAGCAAAGGGAGACGUACAGUUUAUUUACGCACCGGACACGCAGCAUGUCCCAGUCGGACUAGAGGCUGCUGGAGCGCAACACGCACGCGGAACGGCGCUGAGAGCCGGGAGGAAUAUUUACAAUAGAAACUCAAAUCCUUUCGCGGAGAAGAAUAGCAAAGGGGGAGGAGGAGUGAAAGAUAACACUGGAAUGAAGUGGACCUCGGGAUUCCCAGCGUGCUGCGGAGUUGUGACUGAUGGAUGAAUGUGGUCAUCUGUAGGCUAUAUACAGCGACAGGUACAGACACCAUCAGGGGAGCUCUGACAAAAGACUGCGCUUCAUCGGCAGCCGCAUCGCUACAAAAUUCUGUCUCCUAAAAAAAACUGUGCGACUGCUCAGAUCUGUUAGAUCGCACUUGAGAUCGCAUCGCUGACUUGUCUCUCCAGAGUAAGGAAGGUCGCGAAGGGCUGUUUUUGUCUCAGCCACAGGUCAACCAGGACACUCGGGGCUGCCAGAUCCGAUCAAGAACCGGGGGGCUUCUCUUUUUUUUCGCAGUUCAGUCAAGGACACGGGGGUCUGGAGCAGAUUUUUUUAAAAGGUCGGACAGAAGGACAUGUAUCUGAUAUCGACCUCACAUGCUCCCGACUGAUCGUUGCUCACCUUCCCACCGGGCGAACCACACAUAGAGGCUGCCAGGCGCACCGUCCGACGCUCCGAGUUAUCGGCUCACUGUCUGUUCACCGAUCAGAAUGGCGGGACUCGGUUUUUGGAAGUAUUACCUCUGGAUCUUUAUUUUAAUGUGCAGGUCGGCGCUACCUUCUGCAAAAUCGCUGGAGACUAUAAUUUGGAGCUCGCAGAAUUCCAAGUUUGUGGCUGGGAAAGGCCUGGUGAUCUACCCAGACAUCGGGGAUAAACUGGACAUCAUCUGUCCCAAAGCGGACCAAGGCAGAGAGUACGAGUUCUACAAACUGUACCUGGUGAAGAGGGAGCAGGCGGAGAGCUGCAGCACAGUCCUCGACCCAAAUGUCUUGGUCAACUGCAACAAACCUGAGAAGGACAUCAAGUUCACCAUCAAAUUCCAGGAGUUCAGCCCCAACUACAUGGGCCUGGAGUUCAAGAGGAACGUCAACUACUACAUCACCUCAACCUCCAACGGUACAGUCGAGGGCCUGGAGAACCGGGAGGGAGGCGUGUGCAAGAGCCGAGCCAUGAAAGUCAUCAUGAAAGUCGGGCAAGUCCCAAACGCAGUGAACCCCGCCGUGCCGGAGACAGACAACGCCAUACCGGAGUCCAGUCCCAGUCCGCCUGACCAGGGUCGGAUUGGACCCGAGAUGCCAGGAAACCCUGACAUGAAUCAGGACCCCAACGGCUCCUCGGGAAACUCGGACGGCAUCCUUGGCUCCAAAGUUGCCGUGUUCUCCGCCAUCGGGGCCGGCUGCAUCAUCUUCCUCCUGCUCAUCCUCCUGCUCGUCAUCCUGCUCAUCAAGAUGCGCAAACGCGCCAGGAAAAAUGCCCACUCGCAGCCCCGCCCCUCUGCGCUGUCACUCAGCACGCUGUCCAAUCCCAAGCUUCCCGGGGGCACGGCUGGCACGGAGCCCAGCGACAUCAUCAUUCCGCUGCGGACAGAGAACAACUACUGCCCUCACUAUGAGAAGGUGAGCGGCGACUAUGGCCACCCCGUCUACAUUGUCCAGGAGAUGCCUCCGCAGAGCCCUGCCAACAUCUACUACAAAGUCUGACACGCUCCGCACAGCCAGCGACACAGUCAGGAGAGAGAAAGAGAGGAGCGCUUGAUUUAUGUUCUUGGGAAGAACACUUUCCUUUGCAUUUUGGGGACUUGAUGCACCUUCAAGCCCGUGUUAUUUCUACCACCUGCUGCACAAAUCUGGAGAGACACGCACUGACCAGUAACCAGCGGGGUUGUGGACUGACUGCUGAGAGAGGUUUAUUCUGUUUGUUUGGGUUGUCUGACAAUCCCCACCCGCCCCUCCUCCUCCUCUACUCACCUCCCUACCUUCAGCGUCCCCCCACUGUGCUCCGACAUGGGAGGGGAGGCGGGGCUGGAGCGAACCAACAGAUGGAACUCUAGCUUCCUGGUUCGCUGUCCCCUUUAACGGGCAGGAUAUAACUUAUCUCAGUUCCCUGAAGUACAGUCUGUGCUACACCCAAUUAAACAUCCCAGCACACUAGCCAGGAACAGGCAGACACAGGCCCCGGAACGCCACUCAGCCUGCAGUUUGUGUGCAAGCAUAAAAUAUGUGUGUGUGUGUGUGUGUGUGUGUGUGUGUGUCUGCGUGCGUGUGUGUUAGUCAGGGCUCCGCGCUGGGCCAGGGAACUCUCCAGAUAGCUCAGGUAUCAGACACAGUGUGUGAAAUAAUGUGUUCCUCUCCCUUCGCACCUCUGAUGUUUGCCUUACUUACUAUUUUUGAUGGAGGAUUUCCUCGAACCCUGAUUCAGUUCACAAAGCAGUUGUAUUUUGUUAGACUUUUCCUACAAGUGCACAAUGUAUAGAGUUGAAUAGAUCAUCUUUAUCACUCCAUCUUCUCACCUCUCAUGUCAUCCGUCGUGUUUUCAUCUUUUUCCCUGAGAAACUACCUUGACCUGGACUGUGGAUGUCGAGGUGUGUAUGUGUGUGUUUCCUGGUAAAAAAAACUCCCUUCUCCACUGAUCUGAUAUGAGCUUUAGUAUUACUCUGGUAUUUAUGACCUACUUGUGUGUAUUUGAAGGUGUGUCCUCUGUGAGUGUGAGUGUGUGUUUGGGCAUGUCCGGACCAGUCUUGUAUCUGGGCAGACUUAACUGGCUUAUGGGUAGAACACUAACUUAGUGUAUCGUAA